AUGACUCAGGACUCGGUGUACGGGGUCGCGUUCAGAUCUGUCGCCACGGCAGACGAGGUGGCUUACAGAAACGCUAUCAAAUUCUACCACAAGCUGGGCUUUUUCACUGUCAAGACCUACGACAAGUUCAGAGGCACCAAGCAAGGUGCUCUUUCGUCCGGCACCGCCCAAGGAUCCGUCAAGGAAACCUGGUUGGAAAGUUUCAAGCUUUCCGAGGUCGACAGCAACGGGUUCCGUAUCCCACAGCAAGAGGCCUCGAACCACGAACAGAGCGACGGUGCUUUGCUGAAAAUCAGACUUGUGUCGGAAAAACCCUUCACAGCCGGCGAUGCCCGCGUCACGUACUACUCUGCUGAAGAGGACCACGUCUCGAAAGCCCUCCCGGACGCCAAGAAGCUUGAAAACGGCGAGUUCGCCGUAGAGGACCCUCUUGGCAACGAAAUUCGCUUCUCCCCAUACGUGAGAGCCGGUGACAAAAAGCCUGUCGGCAAGGACUUCUUUUUGGACGAAUCCAAGUCUCCAAGCGACUACCUAAAGCCAGAAAGCGCCGCAUCGGCUAACUCAAAAGACUCGCCUGCCUCUGCCGGCAACGGCGCUGUCAAAAGAAAAAUUGCUGUCAUGACUUCUGGUGGUGAUUCGCCUGGUAUGAACUCUGCGGUGCGUGCCGUGGUUAGAACCGGUAUCUAUUACGGAUGCGACGUUUACGCCGUUUACGAAGGUUACGAAGGUUUGUUAAAAGGUGGAGACCUACUGCGUAAGAUGGAAUGGCAAGAUGUCAGAGGCUGGCUCAGCGAAGGUGGUACUUUGAUUGGUACUGCUCGUUGUAUGGAGUUCAGAGAACGUUGGGGCCGUAAACAAGCCGCUGCUAACUUGAUUUCAGAAGGUAUCGAUGCGCUUGUGGUUUGCGGUGGUGACGGUUCUCUUACUGGUGCCGAUCUGUUCAGAUCUGAAUGGCCAUCUUUGGUCGCAGAGUUGGUCGCAGACGGUGCUUUCACCCCUGAGCAAGUCGAGCCCUUCAAGAACUUGAAAAUUGUCGGUUUAGUAGGCUCCAUUGACAAUGACAUGUCUGGUACAGACUCCACCAUUGGUGCUUACUCUGCUCUAGAAAGAAUCUGUGAAAUGGUGGACUACAUUGAUGCUACCGCCAAAUCUCACUCUAGAGCUUUCGUGGUCGAAGUCAUGGGUAGACAUUGCGGUUGGUUAGCUUUGAUGGCUGGUAUUGCCACUGGUGCCGACUAUAUUUUUGUUCCAGAAAGAGCUGCUCCAGCUGGAAAAUGGCAAGAAGAACUAAAACAAGUAUGCCAGGCUCACAGGAAAAAGGGACGCAGAAAUAAUACUGUUAUUGUGGCUGAGGGUGCGCUUGAUAACAAUUUGAAUUCAAUCACGGCCGAGCAAGUUAAAGACGCUUUGGUCGACUUGGGUCUCGACACAAAAAUUACACAACUGGGCCACGUUCAAAGAGGUGGUACUGCUGUGGCACACGAUAGAUGGUUGGCCACUUUGCAGGGUGUUGAUGCAGUGAAAGCUGUUCUGGAGAUGACGCCCGAAACUCCUUCUCCCUUAAUUGGUAUUUUGGAGAAUAAAAUCAUUAGGAUGCCAUUAAUGGAAUCUGUCAAGCUUACCAAAAGCGUUGCUGAGGCCAUUGAAAAUAAAGACUUCGACAAAGCUAUCUCGCUACGUGAUACAGAGUUCAUUGAAUUAUAUGAAAACUUUAUCUCCACCACUAUCAAAGACGACGGUUCCGAAGUGCUACCAGAGAAUGAAAGACUCAAUGUGGCCAUUGUCCACGUUGGUGCUCCAUCUGCAGCUUUAAACGCUGCCACUCGUGCUGCUACUCUAUACUGUUUAUCUCGUGGUCACACUCCAUCGGCCAUCCUAAAUGGCUUCAGCGGGUUGAUUCAAACAGGCGAGGUAAAAGAGCUCUCUUGGAUCGAUGUUGAAAACUGGCAUAACCUGGGAGGUUCCGAGAUUGGUACGAACAGAUCUGUUGCUAGCAGCGACAUGGGGUCCAUCGCUUAUCACUUCCAGAAGAACAAGUUCGACGGUGUUAUCAUUCUUGGUGGUUUCGAAGGUUUCAAGUCUUUGAAGGAGUUGCGUGACGCUCGUGCACAAUAUCCAAUCUUCAACAUUCCAAUGGUGCUAAUUCCUUCCACUGUUUCCAAUAACGUUCCAGGUACUGAGUACUCAUUGGGUGUUGAUACCUGCCUCAACUCGUUGGUCAACUACACUGACGCUAUUAAACAAUCUGCUUCUGCUACUAGAAGAAGAGUUUUCGUAGUAGAAGUUCAAGGUGGCCACUCUGGUUACAUUGCCUCCUUCACUGGCCUGGUAACCGGUGCCGUCUCUGUUUACACCCCUGAAGACCAAAUUGACUUGAAAAGUAUCAAGGAAGAUUUGACUCUGCUAAAGGAAAAUUUCCGCCACGACCAAGGUGAAACUCGCAACGGUAAGCUUGUGAUCAGAAAUGAGCAGGCAUCGUCCAUUUACACGACCGAGUUGCUAGCUGAUAUUAUUGCCGAAGCCUCGGGCGACAAGUUCGGCGUUAGAACCGCAAUCCCUGGUCAUGUCCAACAAGGUGGUGUGCCCUCAUCGAAGGAUCGUGUGACUGGCUCUAGAUACGCAGUCAAGUGUGUCAAAUUUAUUGAAGCCUGGAACAGGAAGAACUCUGAUGAACAAAACGAGGAUUUCAAGAUUUUAAGAUUCAAAUAUAUUAACGGCGUUAAGGAAUUUACAGUCCAAGAUGAAGAUGCCUCAGCGGCUAUCAUUGCCGUCAACGGAUCUCGUAUUUCUUUCAAACCUAUCGCUCACUUGUGGGCUGAAGAGACCAAUGUUACGUUGAGAAAGGGUCACGAAAUUCACUGGGAAGAGUUCAAUAAGGUCGGCGACAUGCUUUCCGGUAGAUGCAACCUCAGAAAAGAGGUUGGCGCUGAAGACAGUGCGUAA